AUGCUCUCCGGAUGUUAUGAACGAGGCUCUGCCACCAACUACAUCACUCGAAACAAAGCCCGGAAGAAGCUGCAGCUGAGCCUGGCUGACUUCAGGCGGCUGUGCAUCCUGAAGGGCAUUUAUCCUCAUGAGCCCAAACACAAGAAGAAGGUUAACAAGGGUUCCACGGCCGCCCGCACCUUCUACCUCAUCAAAGACAUCAGAUUCCUCCUCCACGAGCCCAUUGUCAACAAGUUCCGGGAAUACAAGGUGUUUGUCCGGAAGCUCCGGAAGGCCUAUGGGAAGAGCGAGUGGAACACCGUGGAGCGCCUGAAGGACAAUAAGCCCAACUACAAGCUUGACCACAUCAUUAAGGAGCGGUACCCCACCUUUAUCGAUGCCCUGAGGGACCUGGACGACGCCCUGUCCAUGUGCUUCCUCUUCUCCACCUUCCCCCGAACGGGCAAGUGCCACGUGCAGACCAUCCAGCUGUGCCGCCGGCUCUCGGUGGAAUUCCUGCACUACGUCAUCGCUGCGCGUGCCCUGCGCAAGGUCUUCCUGUCCAUCAAAGGCAUUUACUACCAGGCCGAGGUGCUGGGCCAGCCCAUUGUGUGGGUCACACCCUACGCCUUCUCCCACGAUCACCCAACAGAUGUGGACUACAGAGUCAUGGCCACCUUCACGGAGUUCUACACCACCCUGCUGGGCUUCGUCAACUUCCGCCUCUACCAGUCUCUCAACCUCCACUACCCGCCCAAGCUCGAGGGACAGACCGGCACCGAGCUGAAGUCCAGUGAGGGAGCGUACGCGCUGGACUCGGAGAGCUCCAUGGAGAAGCUGGCGGCCCUCAGUGCCAGCCUGGCUCGAGCGGUGGUGCCAGACGCUGAGGAGGAGGCUGAGGUGGACGAGUUUCCCACUGAUGGGGAGGUGGCGAGCCAGGAGGAGGAGCGCAGGAGGGAGCUGGAGGCGCAGGCGAAGCACAAGAAGCUGUUUGAGGGCCUGAAGUUCUUCCUGAACCGAGAGGUGCCCCGUGAGGCCCUAGCCUUCAUCAUCAGGAGUUUCGGUGGGGCUGUCUCCUGGGACAAAUCUGUGUGCAUCGGGGCGACAUACGACGUCACAGAUUCUAGCAUCACCCACCAGAUUGUCGACAGGCCCGGGCAGCAGACCCCUGUCAUCAGCAGGUGUUACGUGCAGCCCCAGUGGCUGUUUGACUCCGUGAACGCCCGGCUUCUCCUCCCCACGGAGAGUUACCUCCCAGGAGUGUCACUGCCCCCACACCUCUCGCCGUUUGUGUCCGAGAAGGAGGGCGAUUACAUCCCACCUGAGAAGCUGAAGCUGCUGGCCCUGCAGCGGGGCGAGGACCCAGGAAACCUAAAUGAAUCCGAAGAGGAGGAGGAGGAGGAAGACGACAAGGAAAGUGAAGAGGAGGAAGGGGGAGAAGAGGAGGACGAGGAGGCUGGUUCGGAAAAGGAAGAGGAGGCCCGCCUGGCAGCCCUGGAGGAACAGAGGAUAGAGGGGAAGAAGCCCAGGGUGACGGCAGGCACGGUGAAGCUGGAGGAUAAGCAGCGGCUGGCCCAGGAGGAGGAGGGCGAGGCCAAGCGGCUGGCCAUCAUGAUGAUGAAGAAGAGAGAGAAGUACCUCUACCGCAAGAUCAUGUUCGGCAAGAAGCGCAAAGUCCGAGAGGCCAACAAACUGGCUGAGAAGCGGAAAGCCCACGAUGAGGCCGUGAGGCGUGAGAAGAAGACCAAGAAGGCAAGGCCUGUGUGAGGGCUGGUGGCCCCAGGCCCCUGAUGGCUGGGCUGUGAAGACAGGCUGGAUGGAGUGCCCUCUCUUUGCUUCCCCCCACCCCGCCGGCCGGCCAGGGGAGACACUGCGUGUCCAGCCCAAUUUGGUGCUCCCAGGAGUCUGGCUUUGAGGGCAGAGAGCUAGCCAUGCAUUCACCCACUCUGGAUUUCUCCAGCCCUCCCCCCAUGGUUGGACCCAGGAUUCUCAGGGUGCAGGGGUGGAGGCGUUGUUGAGGGAGCGUUCAUUAAAUGGCUGUAGUUUUGCAGUCAGUUGGA